CGCGGCUUUCUUCAGUACGGUGGCCAUCCACGCAGCGAUGGAGUUUCGGUUCACACGAACCAACGAGCGAGCAAGAGUAUUGGCCGAGGUGUCGGCUGUCUCCACCAAGUGUCAGCCACGUGACAGUGAUCAUCGCCUUCACCGACGAUCUUACGGCCCUGCAUCCGGCGGCUCAUACAGGCGUCUUCCGGCAGCUGCAACUCUGGGCACAGGAUCUCACGGCCGCCUGGAUAAAGACAAGGAAGAUGAAGUUCUCGAUGAUGAUGUGGAGCUACUGAUCGCCCAAGCCUGGAGGACAGACACGGAGGGGGAGUUACUGGGGUUACUCUUUGGAAAGGUGCGCGACGGAAAUCUCGAGCCAAUUACGAACGAAGUGCUGGUGUUCCUUGCCUGGCUCGUGGACGAUCUACCUCUGGAGAUCCUUUCACACUACGACAAACAAUCCACAACCGCGACGCUCUCCCGAACUUUAGCCCCACAACUAUUGUGGUCCACGUGUAUCGAACUCGACGACGAUAACAUCUACCUUCCUUCAUCGAGUGACUAUUUGGUCAUCGAUGUGACCGAUAUCACCUUGUGGGAUCCGAUCAUCCGAAGAGUGGAGGUGGGAACGGGAGAAGAAGAAGAGGAAGAAGUAGAAGAGGAGGGAGAGAGGGAAGACACGGACGAGGAAGAAGAAGACUCGGAGGCCGGAUCGGACGACCCGACCUAUCGUGAAUCGGAGGAAAUCGGGUCGGAAAAAAGUGGAUCGGGCGAAUCAGGCGACUCGGGCAAGCAGAGUGAGGAGGAAGAUGAAGCAGUGGCUCAAAAGAGCCGAGAGAGGGCAGAAGGGAAGCGCCCAGUACAGGAGUCGGACGAACCAGCCGCGAGGCUGAUGCAAGACGAUCUGGCGCGCAACCCAGAGUCCAGUGGUUUGAUUGACGUGAUGUCAUCGGAAGCGGCGUUUGGGAUGGACGCUGACGGCGGGGCAGGGCGCAGCGGUUUGACGACGGUGGAGAGGACGGCUAUUGCUGCGGUGGUUAACGCCGUCCUCUUCCGCUGCCAAAUGGCGAGCAAUGACGCGAACUUCAAAGCGGUUGUUCGUGCACGGCGCAAGCUGUUGGCGCUUUCGACGACUGGGCAGUGCUUGGAUGUGGCUGCCAUUUCCGACGCGGUGCUGGAGGUCUGCUACGCGAUGGGGUGCGGGGGGUUUUCAAGGGCGACUCCACGGUGGUGGGUGAAGCGGCGAACGGGCGGCACGUGGGAGGAUCUGCGGCAAUGUGAUGACGCAACGGAUGAUUACUUCAAGGAGAAGCUUCGAAUGUCGCCUCGUGUUUUUCGCGAGAUCGCGGAGACUCUUUCCCCACUCCUUCAACGUCGUGUGACGUUCUACAGGGUGCCUUUGCAGCCAGACCACAUCAUUGCCUAUGCACUGUACAGGUGGGCCACGGGGGAGACGUACGACAGCGGGACGUGUAGCUUCGGCAUCGGGAGGGCUUCCGGCAUCACAGCGGUGCGUGAAGUCACGGCGGCGUUGUUGACUGCUUACCCCAACAAGAUAUCAUGGCCCACAGGUUUGCAGAAGGCGGUCGUCUUGCGCGCCUUCGCUGACAAGGGGUUUCCAAACUGCCAUGGGUGCAUCGACUGCACACAUAUCUACAUCGACAAACCCGCGAACGCCAACAGUGAGGACUACUGGGACAGGAGACGUCGAUUCUCCGUGCAGGCGCAAGUGGUGGUCGACAUGAACUUGCGUGUGCUGGACGUCUUCGUCGGUUAUCUGGGGAGUAUGCAUGACAUGAGGAUGCUGAACCUGUCGAGUUCAUGGGUGCGCGCGGAGUCAGGACAGCCUUUCACUGGGCCACAUGUGAUGCUGCCUUUCGGUGUGCGGACUAAUGGCUAUUUGCUCGGCAACAACGGUUAUCCGCAGUCGGAAUGGAUAGUCAUCCCUUAUGGCGGUCUCGCGCAACACCUGACGGAGGCACGCUUUGACAACAAACAGAAGACGGCCAGGGAAGCAGUGGAGAGGGUGUUUGGCAGACUGAAGGGGAUGUGGAGGUUGUUCCUCCGCACCCACAAGUGCAACAUGGACAGCUUGCCGCAACAAUUCGUCGCCGUCUGCAUCCUCCACAACAUACUCAUCGACGUCGGCGUCUCGUUUGACGACAAUCUGAUGUGGGAGGUGGGUCAAGACGGCGUGCAUCGUAGAGUGGAUCUGGGGAUGCAUCAGCCAUUGAGGCCAGUGUGCAUGGAGUCGUCGACGGGGGAUGCGCUGAUAUUGAGGGACGCGUUGGCGGAGCGGAUGAUUGUGCAGUGAGGUUGGCCGUGUUCGCAGUUGGAGACACCGCCAUGAAUGGAACGA